AUUCCAUUCUUUGAAGACAUGGCCUGCAUAGCUUUACAAUACAUGGAUACUUUGUAUCAAAGGGAAAACAAGGAGAAAUCCAAUUUUUUUCAAAAGGCUUCCCAAAGUUAUUGAGCGUCUUCCAAAAGUAAUUUUGUUGUCUAUCGAACUUGGAAUCAAUAUCACCCAUGCUGUGUUUAAAAUCCUGCAUGACACAUCCCAUAUUUUUCAAAUGUGAAGCAUGAAAAAUCUAUAGAUGUUUCUGAUUUUUUCAUUUGACCAGCGAGUCAGCCAGUAUAGAAUCCUACCAGCCCUCUUUAAAGAGGGGGUCAACGCCAACAUGGUGCCCUUCAUCUUGCCCUGUAUUUUCCAAAUCUCUAAGAUGUCAUCAACAGAGGAGUACCGGGCACUUGUGCUUCCAGAGCUUAUACCAUUUUUCAAGAUCAGGGAACCUAUUCAGGUACUU